AUAUAGUUCACUCAAAAGAGUCUCAAUAAUAUGAUAAUCUUGAUUUGGAUCAAAUUUGAUAAAUUUAAAGUUGUUGUGGUCAAAAUUUAUUAAUGACUUUAGACAUAUAUAACAUGCAUGAGUUUUUAAAAUUUAGAUAAUUUAAUAUGAUUUUAAUAUAACUCACUAUUAAUUUAAAUCUAUCAUAUUUACUCAUACCGAUAUGUUUUUGAAAUUCUUCUAACUCUAACAAUGCUAAAAUUUUUAAAAUCAUAAAAACUGCUAGUCAAACUCACUAAUAACCUGCAUUAGAAUCCAUCCAAAUUAGAAUCAAGUAGAACAAGAAUUGAGCUAUUAAAACACGAAACAAGAACAAUAAAGUAGAACAAUGAGUGAGAACAAUGGAGGACAUGUGGAUUAAUCAAAACUCAAUCAGGAAUAACGCAAACGGCAAAAAUACAACGUCUGGUAUGGAUGAAAACAAAAUACUAGAUUUGAAACAAAAAAACUUCAAGAUAACUUGAAACAAAGAGAUCUAUCAUCUAACUUGAUCUUCCAAGCUGCCAACUCAAAAAUUAAUCGCAACGGACGUUUUAUUUUUCCAUUUGUAUUAUUCAUUAUAUUCCAGAAGGCAAAAUACUCCUUUCAAAUUUCAAUAGGCAAGUUGGUAGACUCGAUCGCCUAAAUUCACAUAAAAGGAAUGCGACACAUGAGAAAAGGUUGUCAUUAAGAUAAAGACGCAACGUUAAUGGUGUGUGUUGGGGACUGCGAGCAGCAGUUCCCACAUCCAACCACACCUUUGCUGUCCUCUCCCAGCACUGCUUCGUAUUCUUUCUCCGAGAUGGAGAGAGAGCGAGAGAGGGAGGUCGCCGUCUCGGGUCUUGUCACUCAAGCUUUUAUAUCCCUCUCCAUCUUCCCAUGCAUCCAAUUUUUUUUUCAGAAAAAAAAAAGAGAAAAUGUCUGCAAUUUCGUAGUAUUUUUUUUUGGUCCUUUUCUUGUUGGUGAGGACUGAGGUGAGGAGGGAGGGGAAUGGAAGGCAAUAAUAAUAGUAAGCCUUUUGGUUGCCCCAUUAAAACCAGCCACCGCCAUCCGCCUCUGCUUCUCUUUUGGCAGCACUUCCAAAAUCCUCCGCGCCGCUUCCUUUUUCCUGCUUCCCUUCUUCUCCGCCGCCCCAUCACCAUCUCUACUGUCCUAUCGCGCGCCUGUAGCUUAUGGGCGACGAGGUAGAGCUCUGACACGCCACUCCGCCGUGUUAUUGUGUUAUGUCUCGCAUUGAAGGCCAGUCGCUCGCUGAAAUGCUCAAACGAGGCGCCGCCAUGCAGGUGGGGUUUUCGAGCAGCAGCAACAGCAGCAUGCCUCGGUGGCUUGAGGUGAUGCUGGCGGAGAAGUUCUUCAACUCAUGUAUGAUCCACGAGACCUCCAAGAAGAACGAGAAGAACAUCUUCUGCCUCGAUUGCUGCUCCAGCUUCUGCCCUCAGUGUCUUCCUCCUCACCGCCCUCAUCGUCUUCUCCAGGUAAGAAGGUAUGUGUACCACGAUGUCGUGCGAGUGGACGAUUUGGAGAAGUUAAUCGACUGCUCUUCUGUUCAGUCAUACACGACGAACAGCGCCAAGGUGGUGUUCUUGAACGAGCGGCCGCCGAGCCGCCCGUUUCGCGGCUCCGGCAACGCCUGCCUCUCCUGCUAUCGCCCUCUCCAAGACCCCUACCUCUUCUGCUCCCUCGCCUGCAAGGUGAAGGAGCUGCUGCAGAACGAAGGCGGGCUGUGGAAGGAGCUUCGGGAGUGCGAGUACCUCCCUCUUCCGAGCUCCUGUGAUCUGGACGAGGGGCAGCUGACGCCGGACUCCAUCCUCGAGUCCGCCACCUCCUCCGCCUCCAGCGGCGGCGGCGCGGAGCUCGGCGUCGCAGAUACUGAGCCCGUAUCCUGGCGGAAGAUGCGAAGCGUCCCCCGACGUGCGGCUGCCGCGGCGGAGGUGGCGAGCCGGAGGAAAAAGGGCGUCCCCGUCCGAGCUCCACUGUUCUGAUUCCGGCGCGACGGGGUAAAAUUGGAAGAAGAAAAAAAACAAAAAUUUGAAUCGACACAAUUUUGUGAACCAAAGCAUUGCAGCGGGCGAAAGCGGUUCGGUUCGGUUCGGUUCGGCAUUAAAUCUUCUCAUUGGUUUUUGUUUCAUUUAUAUUUACUUGUUUGUUUCGUAAGAACCAAAAAGGGCUCGUGCGUUUCUUCGUCGUUUGGAUGCUAUUUCUCUGGAGUCGAGACAAA